CCAGACUCACGUCGCAUCAGUAUGGCCGCUUUGAAAGAACUGGCAAAUGGGGUCAAGGACCUAUCUGUUUACCUCUAUUUGGUGUUCAUGGCGCUCCCUAUCUACCAAAGGGCUUCGAUCGUUCUUUUGUUGCCAUUCAUAUACACGCUCGUCUGGCAAUUUGUCUAUUCGUUUAGAAAAGAUCGUGUUCCGUUGGUGUUUUACUGGAUCCCAUGGUUGGGAAGCGCAAUCCCAUACGGAAUGCAACCUUAUGAAUUCUUUGCUGACUGCCAAAAGAAAUAUGGUGAUGUUUUUGCAUUUGUUCUCUUGGGUAGAGUCAUGACUGUUUACUUGGGUCCAAAGGGACAUGAAUUCGUCUUGAACUCGAAGCUUGCUGAUGUUAGUGCCGAGGAAGCCUACACCCAUUUGACUACACCAGUUUUCGGUAAGGGUGUUAUCUAUGACUGUUCAAAUGCGAGAUUGAUGGAGCAGAAAAAGUUUGUCAAGGGAUCUUUGACUCGUGACUCGUUUGCAAACUACGUUCCAGUAAUCAGAGAAGAGAUUUUUAAGUACUUCAAGAGCUCUGAAAACUUCAGACUAGGAGAGAGAUCCCAUGGCCGUACAAACGUCAUGAGCUCUCAACCAGAGGUUACCAUUUUCACUGCUUCCAGAUCUCUUUUGGGUGAACAGAUGAGAAACAAGUUCGAUGCAUCUUUUGCCCAAUUGUACUCCGAUUUGGACAAAGGUUUCACUCCAAUUAACUUUGUCUUCCCAAACCUGCCAUUGCCACACUACAGAAAAAGAGAUGAAGCUCAAAAGAAGAUCUCUAGAACUUAUAUGGAAUUGAUCGAAGAGAGACGUAAGAACAAUGAUAUUGGUGACAGAGACUUGAUUGAUACAUUAAUGAAGAACUCUGUCUACAAAGACGGUGUUAGAAUGACAGAUCAGGAGAUUGCUAACUUGUUAAUUGGUGUCUUAAUGGGUGGACAGCAUACAUCUGCUGCCACAUCUGCUUGGUUCUUGUUACACUUGGCUGAAAAGCCAGAAUUGCAAGAGGAGCUCUAUGAGGAAAUCAUGAGGGUGUCUGAAGGUAAAGACGUUACUUCUGAUAUGUUGCUCAAGAUGCCAUUGGUAAACAAUGUGAUUAAGGAGACCUUGAGAAUGCACAUGCCUCUUCAUUCUAUUUUCAGAAAAGUUAUGAACCCAAUUCCAGUGAAUGGUACCUCAUACGUUGUCCCAAGAGGACAUCAUGUUCUCGUUUCUCCAGGCUUUGCUCAUUUGAGUGCUGCUUACUUCCCACAACCAGAGGUUUUCAACCCACACAGAUGGGACACUGAGACUACAUCCACUACUGAUGAAGGAACAGUUGAUUAUGGUUUCGGUGCAGUGUCUAAAGGUGUGUCCUCUCCUUACUUGCCAUUCGGUGGUGGUAGACACAGAUGUAUCGGUGAGCAAUUUGCCUAUGUUCAAUUGGGUACCAUCUUGACAACAUACAUCAAGACCAUCAAAUGGAAAUUGCCAGAAGGUGCUAGGGUGCCAGAACCAGACUACCAAAGUAUGGUUACUCUUCCUCUAUGUCCUGCAGAGAUCGACUGGGAGCUAAGAACCAAGAACUAGUAGCACUAUCGAUAUUUUGUACAUUAUUUAUCAGAGUCCAACCAUUGGUUUGAUGUCAUACAAACUUCAUUUUCUCAUCUUACCAAAAAAAGAAAGCUUAUAACAUUGAACUAUACACUUGGAAAUUAUAUACAGGCGCAAGGACGUCUUGUUACAAGUAAUAU